AUGUCCAACUACACUCCUAAGAAGGCUACCUCCGCAAGCUCUUCGUUAUUCUCAACCAUGGAGCUAGUUCAGAAGGAUCUGAAGAGAUUCUUUAACGUCCCCACAUACGACAAAGUCACCGUCGCAGAGUUUCUUGCAGCUAGAGGCAUUCUUAACGACUUCGAUAUGGCUGCUGUAUUAAACCCAGAUAGCGGAAUUGAUCCAGCAAGCACUCCCCACCAUCACUUCACCGGAACGCUUCCCUUCAUGGCUGUCGAUCUAUUAGAGCCUUCUCGUCCGGAUUCAUCGAACAUCCACCAUUAUCGUCACGAUCUCGAAUCGUUUUACUAUUUCUUAAUAUGGGCCACUACAUUGUAUGAUCUCAAGGCUGGUCAUCGGGUCGCUCCAAAGGAAAGAUCUCCUUUAUACCGGUGGUGCAAGGGCGAUGAAAUUUCUGUGUAUCAUGCCAAACUUUCUCUGCAUUCGUGCGGCUUCCAGAAAUGUGCAGCUGAUAUGCGCCCAGAAUGGGAAGAUAUAUGGAAUAAAUGGGUUCGACCAUUGUCGAAGGUGUUCCGACACGGAUUUAUUGCACUUGAUGACGCUCGAGAUGAAAACAUAGAGGAUUUUGACUACGCUACUUGCGGCGGCCAUCUAACCUUCGAAAAGUUCAUGUCUACAAUCGGGGAGACUCCGCGUGGUUUUAUCAAGCAAGCGUCUUGA